UUGUGCGUGAGCCGGCACCCGGUCCUGUUCCUCACCGUGCCCGCCGUGCUGACCGCGGCCCUCGGCCUCAGCGCGCUCCGCCGCUUCCAGCCCGAGGGCGACCUGGAGCGCCUGGUGGCCCCCAGCCACAGCCUGGCCAAGAUCGAGCGCAGCCUGGCCGGCAGCCUCUUCCCGCUGGACCAGUCCCGCAGCCAGCUCUACUCGGACUUGCACACCCCCGGGCGCUAUGGCCGCCUCAUCCUGCUCGCCCCGCCCGGCGGCGACAUCCUGCUCCAGGCGGAGCGCGUGCUGCAGACCCACCGCGCCGUGCUCGGCAUGAAGGUGAAGCACAAGGGCUAUAACUAUACUUUUUCCCAUCUGUGUGUGUUGAGGAAUCAGGAUAAGAGAUGCGUGCUGGAUGAUAUUAUUUCAGUGCUAGAGGACCUCAGACAGGCUGCCGUCUCCAAUAAGACCUCAGCCAGGGUACCCAUGAGGUACCCGAGCACUAAAUUGAAGGAUGGGCGGAGCAGCUUCAUCGGCCACCAGCUGGGCGGCGUGGUGGAGGUGCCCAACAGCAAGGAGCCGCGCGUGAAGUCGGCGCGCGCCGUGCAGCUCACCUACUACCUCCAGACGCACGGCUCGGCGGCGCAGGACCGGCUCGGGGCCAAGUGGGAGGCCGAGUUCUGCAGGCUGCUGGGCCGGCGCGCGCGCGAGCCCCGCGCGCUGCGCCUCUACGCGCUGGCCUCCUUCAGCCUGGCCCGCGACUUCCACCAGACCAGCGUGCUGGCCCGCACCAAGGUCCUGGUGAGCCUCGUGCUCGUGCUGACCACCGCCACGCUGUCCUGCUCCAUGAAGGACUGCCUGCGUGCCAAGCCCUUCCUGGGCCUCCUGGGCGUCGUCACCGUCUGCAUCUCCCUGCUCACCGCCGCAGGCAUCUUCUUCAUCACCGACGGGAAGUACAACUCCACGCUGCUGGGCGUGCCCUUCUUCGCCAUGGGUCACGGAACUAAAGGCGUGUUUGAGCUUCUGUCUGGCUGGCGGAGGACCAAAGAGAGUCUGCCCUUCAAAGACAGGGUGGCCGACACCUACUCCAAUGUGAUGGUCACCUACACCAUGACCAGCUGCCUGUACCUCAUCACCUUCGGGCUGGGGACCAGCCCGUUCACCAACAUCGAGGCGGUGAAGGUGUUCUGCCAGAACAUGUGUGUGUCCAUCCUGUUGAACUACUUCUACAUCUUCUCCUUCUUCGGCUCCUGCCUGGUCUUCGCCGGGCAGCUGGAGCAGAAUCGCUACCACAGCAUCUUCUGCUGCAAGAUCCCUUCUGCAGAGUACCUGGAGCGCAAGCCUGUGUGGUUCCAGGCAGUGAUGAGCGACGGCCACCAGCAGGCCCCUCACCACGAGGCCAACCCCUACCAGCACCACUUCCUGCAGCACUUCCUCCGGGAGCACUACAACGAGUGGAUCACCAACAUCUACGUGAAGCCCUUCGUGGUCAUCCUCUAUCUCAUCUACGCCUCCUUCUCCUUCAUGGGGUGCCUGCAGAUCAGGGACGGGGCCAACAUUAUCAACCUCCUGGCCAGUGACUCCCCCAGCGUCUCCUACGCCUCGGUCCAGCAGAAGUACUUCAGCAACUACAGCCCGGUGAUCGGCUUCUACGUGUACGAGCCUCUGGCCUACUGGAACAGCGGCGUGCAGGAGGACCUGCGCCGGCUCUGCAGCGGCUUCACGGCCGUGUCCUGGGUGGAGCAGUACUACCAGUUCCUGAAGGCCAGCAACAUCAGCGCCCACAACAAGAGCGACUUCAUCCGAGUCCUGCAGGGCUCCUUUCUGAAGAAGCCCGAGUUCCAGCACUUCCGCAACGACAUCAUCUUCUCCAAGGCCGGGGAUGAGCACGACAUCAUCGCUUCCCGUCUGUACCUGGUGGCCAAGACGAGCAGGGACAAGCAGAAGGAGGUCAUCGAAGUGCUCGAGAAGCUGAGGCCCCUGUCCCUGUCCAAGAGCAUCCGCUUCAUCGUGUUUAACCCCUCCUUCGUGUUCAUGGACCACUACAGCUUGUCGGUCGUCGUGCCUGUCCUGAUCGCGGGCUUCGGCGUCCUCCUGGUGUUGGUCCUGACUUUCUUCCUGGUCAUCCACCCUCUGGGGAACUUGUGGCUAAUCCUUAGCGUCACCUCAAUUGAGCUGGGGGUCCUGGGCCUGAUGACACUGUGGAACGUCGAUCUGGAUUGCAUCUCUAUUCUGUGCCUUAUCUACACUUUAAAUUUCGCCAUCGACCACUGUGCACCCUUGCUGUAUACCUUUGUACUCGCCACCGAGCACACCCGAACACAAUGUAUAAAGAGCUCCCUGCAAGAGCACGGGACAGCCAUUUUGCAGAAUAUCACUUCUUUUCUUAUUGGGUUGGUCCCUCUCCUCUUCGUGCCUUCGAACCUGACCUUCACACUGUUCAAAUGCUUGCUGCUCACCGGGGCUUGCACACUCCUGCACUGUUUUGUUAUUUUACCUGUGUUCCUAACCUUUUUCCCUCCUUCCAAGAAGCACCACAAGAAAAAGAAACGUGCCAAACGAAAGGAGAGAGAGGAAAUCGAGUGCAUAGAAGUUCAAGAGAACCCUGAUCACGUCACCACGGUAUGA